CGGCCCUCCCUUCCAUGUCCAAAGACCUGAACGUCUCGCCGAGCGUCAUCAACCUCACCAUCUCCUUUUACAUGCUAUCCAUGUCCAUCUUCCCACUGUGGUGGUCCUCCUUCUCCGAGUCUCUGGGCCGUCGCACCAUCUACAUCAUCUCCUUCUCGCUGUUUGUCGUCUUCUCGGUCCUCACCGCCGUGAGCGUCAACGUCGGCAUGCUUGUCGUGAUGCGCAUCCUGGGAGGCGGCGCCUCGGCCUCGGCGCAAGCCAUCGGCGCCGGCACCAUCGCCGACAUCUGGGAGCCGGCCGAGCGCGGCCUGGCUAUGGGCAUCUUCUACCUCGGGCCGCUGGUCGGUCCUCUCUGCUCUCCCAUUAUCGGCGGUGCCCUGGCCCAGGGAUUCGGCUGGCGCGCGACAAUGUGGUUUCUCGCUAUCUACGGGGCCGUCAUGCUGCUAUUGCUAUUUUUCUGUCUGCCGGAAACCCUUGCCGUGCGCGCACCGCCCAACCCGGCUCCUCCAACCGCCGGCGAGCAAGCCGACGCUCUCCAGCGCGUCUCGACAGCCCAGUCCAUCAGGCGUCACAGCCGCCGCGGCGCCGCCAUGCUCAAGCGGUUCCUGGUCGACCCGCUCUCGGUCCUCGUCCAUCUACGCCAGCCGCCCGUCUUGGUCGCCGUCUACUGCGCCUCCGCCGCGUUUUUCUCCCUCUUCGUCCUCAACAUCUCCAUCCAAUCCACGUUCUCCAAGCCGCCCUACUCCUUCCGGCCCAUUCCCCUCGGCUUGUGCUACCUCGCCCCGUCUCUGGGGUACAUCCUCGCGUCCAGCUUCGGCGGGCGCUGGAUCGACUACAUCAUGGCGCGCGAGGCGCGGCGCGCCGAGCGCUACGACGAGAACGGCAAGCUGCUCUACCUGCCCGAGGACCGCAUGCGCGAGAAUAUGUGGCUCGCCGCGACGCUGUACCCGGGCGCCAUGAUCUGGUACGGGUGGACGGCGGACCGCGGCGUGCACUUCAUGGUGCCCGAGGUGGCCAACUUCUUCUUCGGCUGCGGCAGCAUGCUCGUCUUCGGCGUCACGACCACCAUGCUGACCGAGUUCAUGCCGCGACGGAGCAGCAGCGGCGUGGCCGUGAACAACUUCGUGCGGAACAUCUUCUCGUGCGUCGGCAGCGUCAUUGCGCAGCCGCUGAUCGACGCCAUGGGCAACGGCUGGAUGUGUACCAUGGUCGGCCUGUUCGCCUGGGUGACGGGCAAUGCGGCCAUCUGGGCGCUUACCAGGUAUGGCGCGCGGUGGAGGGAGGAGAUGAAUCGGAAGUUGAAUCAAGGGGGAAAUAGGGGGUGAGCGCGAGACAACACCUCCUCUCCAUAAUUCGAACCCCGAUCUUUUGAAGCAGAUGCAUGCUGGUCCCUGAGUUGAAGCUGCAACGGACUUGCGGGGCAGGUGAGCUCCUGCGGUGGGAAAAGGG